UUUUAAAAUAAACAUCCUCCAACCGGCAACGACACAGUCGGCGCUCUUGGGAGAAGUAACCACAGCCGCCAGCUCUAAGAAUUAGUCUUGUAAGUUCGUUCCUUGCAUUGUUUUUCUGGCUAAUUUCCAUAUAUUUGAGUAUGUUUGCUUUAUAUUACAAUAAAUCACCCCAAUUGCUCUCUCCUCUUUUAACACAUUUUUGUGAUUUGAGAACCCAUUUGCCGUUUCUUCAAUCUUCACCGGUUAUUAUUACCAGAUCUUUUUCAUCAGUUGACAAUACAAAAAUUAGUAAUCAAAAACAACUGAAACAAACCUCGUUUACAAUUUCAUACCUCAUGAAUUCAUGUGGGUUAUCGCGGGAAGCCGCUAAUUCUAUCUCCAAAAGAGUGCAAUUUGUAAGCCCAGAAAGGCCGGACUGUGUCCUUGCUUUUCUGAAAAAACAUGGUUUCUGCAAUUUCCAAAUAACAAAAAUUGUUAAGUCACGUCCAGAGAUUCUUUUAGCUGAUCCUGAGAAAACCUUUUUACCUAAGCUUAAUUUUUUCUCUUCUAUUGGGAUAACUGGUCCAAACCUUGCAAAAUUAAUAUCUUUACUACCAGCGUUAUUAAACACUAGCUUAAGGAAUCAGAUUAUUCCUGCUUAUGAGUUCCUCAAGAGUGCUUUGCUAUUUGAUGAUGACAUGGUCAUUCGAGCUUUGAGAUCACAAUCGAGGUUUCUUCUAUAUGAUGUGGAAAAAACUAGUGCUCCUAAUUUAUUGGUCUUGAGAGAAAUUGGAAUGCCGCAAUCUGUAAUCCAGCACAUCUUCAUACAUCAUCCUAGUUUGCUGUGCCAUAAAGCUGAGAAGUUCCACGAUAAGAUCAAAGAGCUUAUUGAUAUGGGGUUCUGCCCUACAAAAACAAAGUUUAUCCAUGCUCUUGCUUCAAUGCUCCAAUUCUCUGACUCAAAUUGGGAACACAAAAUUGAGGUUUAUGGAAGAUGUGGUUGGUCUGAAGCUGACUUAAUGUUUGCUUUCAAAAAAGCUCCUGAAUGCAUGACUUUUUCAGAGAAGAAGAUAAUUGGUUGUAUGAAUUUUCUUAUUAAUGUGAUGGAUAUGAAGCCUUCAGAAAUUGCUGCAUCUCCUUACCUUCUUCAUUACAGUAUGAAGAAAAGAAUCAUUCCCAGGGGUUUAGUUAUUAAAAUUUUGACGUCUAAAGGUGCAUUGGAGAAGAAUAUCAGUUUCUAUACUGUGUUGGUAUUAAAUGACAAAUGCUUCUUAGAAAGGUAUGUGGACAAACACAAGGAGCAUAUUCCUUAUUUGCAGGAUGUCUUUGAAGGUAGGAUGUGUCCUCAAGAGCUAGGAUGUUUUUGAUAUCUAAUUUCUCAAAAUGAAUCAACUUGGCAAAACAAAAUUGAGGUUUAUGGAAGAUGUGGUUGGUCGAAAGAUGAGAUCUUGUCAGCUUUCAAAAAGGAUCCUCGAUGCAUGACUUUUUCGGAGAAGAAAAUAAUUGGUACUAUGGAUUUUCUCGUUAA